AUGGCAUCGGUAAAAGAGGAGGAAGAUCUCAAACAUGCAACAUCUCCUAGAUCGGAUCUAGGAGGAAACACGCCACAAUCACCGGAGCCCACACCUUCUAAACAAAACACAACAACCAACACAACGACUGGAUCAACAGCUGGAUUAGUCUCCGAAGCUCCAGUUGAAGAGGAGCGUGAAGGAUUCGGAAACGGAGUGGAAUUCGUAUUGACGUGUCUCGGGUUGGCUGUCGGAUUGGGAAAUAUUUGGAGAUUCCCGACGAGAGCAUUCGAAAAUGGAGGCUCCGCAUUCUUGAUUCCAUAUCUCACAUGCGCAUUUCUCUUCGGUUUCCCAGCUGUCUAUUUUGAAUUUUUGACUGGUCAAUACAAUGGAAAAUCCCCGCCGAUUAUCUUCAGAAGAGUGAUGCCAUUCUUGGAAGGCGUUGGUUGGAUGGGAGUUCUUGUGGCUGCACUUGUUGCUAUUUAUUAUAUUGUGAUUGUUUCUUGGAUUAGUAUUUACAUUAUCAAUAUCUUCCGAGGCGAUUUCAAUAUUUGGAAUAAGUGUGACAAUCCGUGGAAUAUUCAAGAAACUUGUAUCGAUAUGAUCAGACAAAAAGAUUGUCGAGUCGACCAUCCACCAGGCUGGGAAAACUCCACAAAACAUAUCCCCGAGAGGAUGUAUUUUAUUAAUGGAACAUGUCAAGAUGCCAAAGAUUUUGAUGGAAUAAACAUGGUCAGUGCCACAGAGCAAUACUUCUACCAACACAUCGUCAAUCCAUCUACUGGUCUUUACGAUUUCGCUGGUAUCAAUUGGCCAUUUUUGGCUGCAAUGACUGUUUGUUGGGCACUCACUGCUCUCGGAAUCCUUAAAGGAGCAAAGAUUAUGGGAAAAAUUUCGUAUGUCUCGGUUCUUUUACCGUAUUUUAUUGUGGUCAUUUUAUUUGUGAGAGGUGUCACUUUGCCAGGAGCAGGUGAUGGUCUCUACUAUUACUUUGGAAAACCGGAUUACUCGAAACUAUUCAUUACGAAAACUUGGACAGAGGCUCUGAAACAAUUGUGUUUUUCACUAUCCGUUGGACAUGGAGGACUUAUCAGUCUCUCUUCUUACAGUCGAAAAAAGAAUAAUGUUUUCAAAGAUGCGUUGAUUGUGAUUCUCGGCGAUACCGCAAUGUCUCUCAUUGGCGGAGCAGCUGUCUUUUCAACACUUGGAUUCCUGGCCAACCAACGUGGAGUGACUGUUCCGGAAGUUAUCCAAUCAGGACUAUCACUUGCAUUCGUUGUCUAUCCAGAAGCAAUGACUCAGAUGCCACUCCCUUGGUUGUGGAGUUUCCUCUUCUUUUUGAUGCUCUUUUUGCUCGGAGCAAGUACUGAAAUCGCAUUGGUCGAUGUAUUCUGUUCGUGUGUUUAUGAUCAGAGUAGAAAGUAUCGAAAGAAGAAAUGGGUUGUCGUUAUUUCCUGGUGUUUCUUCCUUUAUUGUGCUGGAUUUGUUUUCUCAACAAGAGCUGGUAUCUACUGGUUCGAGAUGUUUGACGAGUAUGCUGCUGGGUUCUCAUCAGUCUGUGCAGUGGUAACUGAACUUCUCGUAAUGAUGUAUGUAUACGGCUUCCGAAAUGUUCGUGACGACAUCACAGAAGUUAUGGGAGAGCCAAAGAAUAAAUGUACCAAAGCUAUCGGACCCCAUUCUUGGUGGUUCACAGUAAAUUGGUUGGGAGUUGCUCCGGUUAUUGCUGCUCUCCUCGUUAUCCUCUCCUUCCUCCGUUCAUAUCCAUACGAGGGUGACGCGGUUAAGCAUCCAAUUCUCUUCGAUAUCUUUGGAUGGUUCCUUUCGUUCGUUCCAGUUCUCGUGGUUCCAAUCUUCAUGGUUAAAAACUAUAUUAGUUUCCGUCAACGUGGAUAUACAACUAAAUCCCUGUUCAUGCUUCAAAAGCAGCACGUCUCUUAUUCGAGAAUCUCCAAGAAUUUCGAUACGGAUAAACAAACAGAACAAGUACAACUUCCGGAUAAAGAACCCUGGGAUGAGGAGGUGGAAGAGGAGAGUCGUAAAUCAGCCAAAGGAGAUGAUGUGGCUACGAUUGACGUCAGCUCUUCUAUCUAUCAAUAUUAUUAG